AUGUUCGACAAAGGUCUCACUUCCUUCGGCCAGAAACUGCUUCGCCGCCGUGUGCUGGGAAACAAUCAGGAGGAAACCCACUUUGCCCGAUGUCUCACCACAUUGGACCUCGUCGCUCUGGGGGUGGGGGCCACACUGGGGGCGGGAGUCUACGUCCUGGCCGGAGAGGUGGCCAGGGAGAAGGCUGGUCCGGCCAUCGUCCUCUGUUUCCUCAUCGCCGCGCUGUCCUCUGUCCUCGCUGGCCUGUGCUACGCUGAAUUCGGCGCUCGGGUCCCCAAAACAGGUUCCGCGUACCUGUACAGCUACGUGACGGUGGGGGAAAUUUGGGCUUUCAUCACCGGUUGGAACCUCAUCCUCUCGUAUGUGAUAGGUACGGCCAGCGUCGCUCGAGCCUGGAGCAGCACUUUCGAUAAUCUCGUGGAGCAAAAAAUCUCCAGCUUUUUCAAAGCCUCCAUGUCCAUGUCAGUCCCUGGAAAAGUGUUGGCAGAUUACCCCGACGUCUUCGCCCUCAUCCUGGUCAUGUUACUCACGGGUCUGCUGGCGUUUGGCGUUAGCGAGUCAGCGUUGGUGAACAAGAUCUUCACCGGGAUUAACUUGGUUGUGCUUGGCUUCGUCAUCAUCUCGGGCUUUGUGAAGGGCGACACUGCCAACUGGAACCUGACACUGGAGGACUACAUUAACAGCACAAACCGCACUAGCCCGCCAACAUCAGAGACAAUUGAAAAAGAAUUUGGCGAUGGUGGCUUCGCCCCAUUCGGCUUCACUGGAGUCCUCUCCGGUGCCGCUACUUGCUUCUAUGCGUUUGUGGGUUUUGACUGCAUCGCCACCACAAGCGAGGAAGCCAAAAACCCCAUGCGUUCCAUCCCCAUUGGUAUCGUCGCCUCUCUGCUCAUCUGUUUCGUCGCCUAUUUUGGCGUCUCGGCGGCGCUUACCCUCAUGAUGCCCUAUUACAAACUCAACACCCAAAGCCCCCUUCCGGAAGCCUUCAGCUACGUUCACUGGGGCCCUGCCCGCUACAUCGUCGCCGUAGGCUCACUCUGUGCCCUCUCCACCAGUUUGCUGGGCUCUAUGUUCCCCAUGCCCCGCGUGAUUUACGCCAUGGCUGAGGACGGACUGCUCUUCCGCUUCCUCUCCCGCAUGCACAAGAAAACCAAGACCCCUGUGCUGGCCACUGUUGUGUCUGGCAUCGUGGCAGCUGUGAUGGCCUUUCUGUUUGACCUUGCUGCCCUGGUGGACUUGAUGUCGAUUGGAACCUUGCUCGCUUACACACUGGUCGCUGUGUGUGUUCUCAUUCUCCGCUACCAGCCUGGCAGCCUGAACGCUAACGGUUGCAGCGGGAAAAACGUGGAGAUGGAGAGACUGGAGGACAAGUCCGACAUGACGGAUGGAGACAGCGGGGACGAGUACGGUCAGGAGCUGGAGACCAGGCCGCUGGAGGAGAGAUUCUCCUUCAGACUGCUGCUACAGCCCAGCUGUGAUGUACCAACCAAGACCUCAGGCCAGAUCGUCUACGGCGCUACGGCUGCCAUCUCUGCGGUCUUCACGUUGCUGUGUUUAGUGCUGGCCGUGUUUCAGGAGGACGUGGUGAAUGGCCAUCCCUUGUGUCUCACUGUUAUCGUGCUGCUGGUCCUUCUGUCUGCCGUUUGCAGCGUCAUCAUCUGGAGACAGCCUCAGAGCAAAGAGGCCCUCUCCUUCAAGGUCCCUCUGCUGCCUGUACUGCCGCUAGUCAGCAUGUUUGUCAAUAUCUAUCUGAUGAUGCAGCUGGAUAAAUACACAUGGUGGCGCUUUGCAGUGUGGAUGGUCUUAGGUUUUCUGAUUUAUUUCGGAUAUGGUAUGUGGCACAGUUCUCAAGGCAAAGCAAGUUCGGAGCCCGUUCCACAAGGCAAGAGACCUAUCUGCCUAACCGAGGACGACAGUGAACCCGAGACAGCCACGCCUUAG